AUAAUUUACUUUUCAGGCAGUCUCUUCAAAUGUCUGUUUACAUUUAUCAGGUGGUUGAAGACGGCUUGGAAGAAUAAUAAAGAUUUACGUAACUUGUGAUAAGCAAUAACUAGUUAGCGUCAUGGAGCUGUUGGAUUACUGCAGGAGUUUACCCAAAGUGGAGCUCCAUGCCCACCUAAAUGGCUCUCUCAGUGAUGCCACAGUGCUGAAAUUGCUGAGUGCCAGGGAACAGCAGGAUGGUGACUUCUUGGCCUCAGCGGAAGUCACUAUAAAGAGAGGCCACCAGCGCACCCUGGAAGAGUGCUUUCAAGUGUUCCGGAUCCUGCACUCCAUCACGGAUAACUUGGAGGCCAUGCAAACCAUCACUCAGGACGUGAUUCAGGAAUUUGCUGCCGACAAUGUGAAGUACUUAGAGCUGAGGACAACUCCCAAGAACAUCCCCAAUAAAAUGACCAAGAAGGAGUAUAUGGAUACUGUUUUAGAAGCCACUGUUGAAGCAAUGAAGAAGAGCAACAUCAGGGUUUGCCUCUUGCUGUCUAUAGAUAGAGCAAGAGGUGUGGAGGAUGCUUGGUCAACCCUUCAGUUGGCCAAGGAGUACCUCACACAUGAUGUAUUUGGCCCUCUUGUCUGUGGCUUGGAUGUGAGCGGCAACCCACACUCUGGGGAUCUGAAGGAUUAUCUCCCUGUACUGCAGGAGGCACAGAAGUGCGGCCUCAAGCUGGCAGUGCAUCUGGCAGAGGUAUCCAGUGAUACAGAAACCCUGACAAUGUUGAACAGUGGUCUAGUGGAUCGCAUUGGACACGGCACCUUCAUCCACCCUGAUGCUGGUGGCUCCAAGGAACUGCAUGCUGUUGUCAGGAAGCAAAACCUACCAUUAGAAUUGUGUAUUUCAUCCAACAUCAAGUCAGGAACAGUGAAGAGUGCCUGCCAUCACCAUCUGGGCUUCUGGAAAAAAGAAAAUCACCCAGUUGUGAUCUGUACUGAUGACAAAGGUGUGUUUUCCACAUCCCUGAGUGAAGAGUUUUACUUGGGAGCUCAGACAUUUCAUCUCAGUGAAGGUGAUCUCCACAGUUUGUGUUUGAAUGGUGUUGAUGCUGCAUUCCUCCCUCAGGUAGAAAAACAGAAACUCAGGCAGGAGGUUCAGAAAGACCUUGAUUCUUUAAAGGGAAAGUUAACAUGUCAGUAAUACUCAUAUGUUAUUUGUAGCACUGUUUCAACUUUUUCAUCAUUAGAAUGUAUGAAAUCUGAUUGUCAUUAUGAAAUUGACAUACAUGUAAUUACAAGCAAUUCAAAUUUAAAAGUGGAAAAAAUUCAACAUACGGGAUGAAAAGUAAACACUCAUAAUAUAGUGGGUGAUUCACUGCAGCUUUAAUGUUAAUUGGGUAGGUUAGUUUGUAUGCUGAAUAUUAUGAGAUGAGCACUCAUAUCACGGCAUGUCUCCAAGCUCCCUUAAUUCAGUAUGAACUUUAUGUAGGAAAUACUUGUGAAUUUGAAUGUACUUGCUGGUGCCUUGUUGUGCCUAUCUUCCUUUGAAGGUAAUGGACAGAUUUAACAAUAGUAAGUGCAGCUGCCAAUUAUGUCUUUAUGUUUGCCAGAUAAUUUAAAAGAAUAUCUUGCUAAGUUGUAACACUGUUAAUAUGAGCUCUAGGUAUAGAAUAAAUGUGGUGGAAUGCACUAGUUAUUAUAAUAUUUUAUUUUAUAUAUUUUAUUAAACCUGUUUCUAUAGAAUGUUUUGUACAAGAAAAUAUAAAUACAGAUUGUGUAUUAGAGAAAUCUCUGAAAAGUAGCACAUUCAUUAAGGAUAGCUUGCCCACAAAAAAAAUAGGUAUAUUGCAUUGAUUGGUGGCAGGUGUACAGGUGUGCUGCAAUUCCUCCAACCACAGUCACACUGUACCUGGGGAGGGAAGGUAACACUUGGAUUAAAUGCUCUCUCUCUCUCUCUCUCUCUCUCUCUCUCUCUCUCUCUCUCUCUCUCUCUCUCUCUCUCUCUCUCUCUCUCUCUCUCUCUCUCUCCAGAGCUUAAAAA